GCAACCUAACGUCGGCAAACGGCAACGAGCUGUUACGGCUUGAGCUUCUCCUUUUCGAAAGAGAGAGUUCGUUCUUUCUUGCAUACGUCUAUGUGCGACGCCUUUGUCUAACAGAGAGAGAGAGAGAGAGAGAGAGAGAGAGAGAGCGAGAAAGGGGGCGGAGAGGGAGAAAGAAGAAGAAGAAGAGAGAGAGAGAGAGAGAGAGAGAGGAUUUGGUCGAUCUCAGACGUAGAAAAAGAACUUUUGGCAAACAGUGACGACCAAGCGAGUAGAGCAAACCAAUUCACUUGCCAGUGAUUCUCACGAAGUUUUCGUGUGGAUCAGCCUCCUUUUCUUUGGAUCCAAAUCCAUUUCUUUCUCUUUUUUUUUCCUUUUUUUUUCUUCCUUUUUUUUUUUCUUCUUCUUCGUCUUUUGCUUUUCUACAUCUUAUCAAAGUGACUAUCAUACGAGACAUAAGCACAUAAUAUAGCUAAGAAUUCGUUAACGAGGAUUUUGGGUCCAUUAGAAAAAUUAUUCCAUUUUUCUUCCACCCACCGAUUCUGUCCCCUCUAUCCCACAGGAAUAUUUCUCUAUUUACAAGGAUUUCAAAUUAUUCGUGAAAUAUUCAACGGUGAUUAAGUGAAAUAUUCAACGGCGAUAUUGUUUUAGAGAUUACACUGUGACAACGCAUAAAGAAAAAGGGGACACGAUGGCUUGCGAUCGUAAUAUUACGAAUCGACUAAGUUGCCUGCAGGUGUUAAACAUUAUGGUGAUACUCGGUUUCAUGUUGAACUAUAUGCUGCGUGUUAAUCUGACGAUUGCCAUCGUAUCGAUGGUGAAGACGUCUACUAAUAAGUAUUCACAUUCCAAUAAUUCUCACGAUAUCAUUCCAAUUGAUAAUAGUAGUUUGACGAUUGAAGCUCCUAAGACGACAAUGCUAACUGGGAAUGUUUCGAGAAUGAACGAAUCGACUUUUACUUCGACGUUGACAACUCGAUAUGAGGAGUUAGAGCAAACCAGGUAUCCAUGGAACGAAUAUGAGGUCAAUCUAAUUCUCGGAAGUUUCUAUUGGGGUUACAUCUGCACGGAAAUACCUGGAGGUAGAUUGGCUGAAAUUGUUGGAACCAAAAGAGUCUUUGGCUAUAGCAUGUUGGUGUCCAGCGGUAUCACUCUUCUCACGCCACUUUUCGCCAAAUUCGGAUACGUCGCAGUCGCUGUUCUUCGAAUUGCUCUUGGUUUUAUGCUAGGUGUCACAUGGCCUGCUAUUCAACCGAUGACUGCUCGAUGGAUUCCACUGACCGACCGUAGCAAAUUCGUUUCCAAUAUGAUGGCAUCCUCAUUGGGUGCGGCGAUCACGUUGCCAAUUUGCGGUUUUCUCAUUGCCUCUCUCGGAUGGGAAUCUGUCUUCUACGUAACGGGAAUAGUCGGAUUGACGUGGAGCAUAGCGUGGUUCUAUUUCGUCUAUGAUUCACCCUCGCAACACCCACGCAUCUCCGCCGAGGAACGAAACUACAUCGAGGAAUCCAUAGGAACUACCUCGUCCCCCAAGCAUUUUCCAGUACCGUGGAAGUCAAUUUUCACUUCGCUUCCGGUUUGGGCGAUCCUGAUAACACACGGGUGCAGUGUAUUUGGAUACUUCACGGUUGUUAAUCAAUUACCUACCUACAUGAAAUAUAUACUCAAUUUUAAUAUCAAAGAGAACGGGAUGUUAUCUUCGUUGCCUUAUCUUGGAAAAUACAUUUUUGCUUUAAUGACUUCAACGUUGGCCGAUUAUCUUCGUCGUACGAAUAAACUUUCGGUUACUGCUAUUCGAAAAAUUUUUACGACUUUCGCGGUGAUGAGUCCGGGAUUACUUAUGAUCAUUCAAGCGUACCUUGGUCGCGAUCCUACGAUGUCCGUGGCAAUUUUUACCGUUGCUUUGACGAUAAACGGUGGAGUUACAGCGGGCUAUCUUGGAAACGGCCUUGACAUUGCACCCAAUUUUUCCGGAACGAUAUUUGGCAUUGCCAAUACGAUUAGCUCGUUUGGUGGCUUUUUGAGUAGCUUCAUGGUUGGUUCGAUUACCUAUCAAAAUCAAACGUAUGAAAGUUGGAGGAUAAUCUUUUGGAUCCUAGCGAUUACUUACUGUACGGGCGCUUUAGCUUUCGCAUUCCUUGGUACAGGAAAAUUACAAAAAUGGAAUUAUCCGGAGGUUAAUAGUAUCGGUAAAAAAAUGAGAAAUCUAGAAAACGACGUUGACGCAGAAAACAGAGAACCGUUGAACAAUAAAACACUUUCGUAAUAUCGUUAUAGAUCAUAGAAAAAUGAUACAUUUCCAACGUAUUUCACUUCAUCGACUAACUUAUUUAUCACGAGUAAGCACGUCGCAGCUAAUAGAAAAAUAAACAAAAAAUACCCUUGUACAUAUAUUCAAUAUAUUGUCUAUCAUUGACGGUGAAACGCGUUAUGACUUUCAAUGUAUCAAAACAAAGUUCAAAACAUUGUUAAAUAAUAUUGUAAUAUUGUACGAAACGUAAGAUUUAUUGUAUGACGCAUUACCAUGUAAAAAUAUGUACAAAGUAAUGAUAAAUAUAAAAAGAGAAAUUUUCGAUAUUCGAA